GGUUUCGCCGGCGACUCCGGAAGCGACGGCCUCUCGUCUUUGCCAAGGCUUCUGGUGUUUUUUUUUUUGCUACGGUUUCUGACUUCGGCUUUGGGAUGGGUUGCGACGGAGGCACCAUCCCCAAGAGGCACGAGCUGGUGAAGGGGCCGAAGAAGGUCGAGAAGGUCGACAAAGACGCUGAAUUGGUAGCCCAAUGGAACUACUGUACUCUAAGUCAGGAAAUCCUGAGGCGCCCGAUAGUUGCCUGUGAGCUUGGCAGACUGUAUAACAAAGAUGCCGUCAUCGAGUUUCUGCUGGACAAAUCUGCUGAGAAGGCCCUGGGGAAGGCGGCGUCGCACAUCAGAAGCAUCAAGAACGUGACAGAGCUCAGGCUUUCUGACAAUCCCGCCUGGGAAGGAGAUAAAGGGAACACCAAGGGCGACAAACAUGAUGACCUCCAGCGAGCUCGGUUCAUCUGCCCUGUGGUGGGCCUAGAGAUGAAUGGCCGGCACAGGUUUUGCUUCCUCCGAUGCUGUGGUUGUGUGUUUUCUGAACGUGCCUUGAAGGAGAUAAAAGCUGAAGUGUGUCACACGUGUGGGGCUGCCUUCCAGGAGGAGGACAUCAUUGUGCUCAAUGGCACCAAGGAGGAUGUGGAGAUGCUGAAGAAGAGGAUGGAGGAGAGGAGGCUGAGGGCCAAGCUGGAGAAGAGAACAAAGAAGCCGAAGACAGCAGCCGAGAGUGCGUCAAAGCCGGGUACCACGCAAGACUCUGCAGGGCCAUCAAAAGUGAAGUCUGGCAAGCCUGAGGAGGUGGACCCUGAUCCUAGAGAGAAGAAAAGUACCCUGGCUCCCAGGGGCUCAGCAACUAACGGGAGUGCGUCUGGGAAAGCUGGCAAGCCCCCGUGUGGGGCCCUGAAGAGGUCCAUUGCAGACAGCGAGGAGUCUGAAACCUACAAGUCUAUCUUCACCAGCCACAGCUCUGCCAAGCGCUCCAAGGAGGAGUCUGCGCACUGGGUCACCCACACGUCCUACUGCUUCUGAAGCUAGGCCGGGCCCUCACCACGGGCUUCCUGUGGCCUUCCGUGCCACACUUGCUUGGUGUGGCACUGUGCUAUAAAGCUGUCCUCUGCAAUC